AUGACUGGUAACUCGGAUCUCACGGCUCCCGGGAGCAGCACGUAUGCCUCGGAUACUCUACAUGUUGGCGACGGGACAUGGGAUGCAGGGCGCGAUACAUUCCUCUUGCCAAACUUGAUGGGGAUCAAUUUUGAUACAAUGCGAUACAAUGGCAUGGGAAACCGAUUCAAGGAUAUGCCCUACUAUCAUACCCUAAUAGUCGUACAUGGUGUUAUUGGGACAAUCGUAUUCCUGGGUCUUGUUCCCAUAUCUAUCUUAAUCAUUCGAUACUACUCUCGAUGGAAUCCGUUUGUGGCUUUCAAGUUGCAUGCCUGGUUCCAAGUCCUAACUCUACUGCUAAGCACAGUUGUGUUCGUCUGCGGGUGGUUUGCAGUUGGGCCGGAAAGGAGUCUCACAAACCCUCACCACGGAAUUGGACUGGCGAUCUAUGUCAUGGUUGUCUUUCAGAUUCUGUGGGGAUGGUUUCUCCACAAAGUAGAAAGCAAGCGGCAAAGAUACCGAGUGCCUUUGAAAUUAGUGAUCCACCGAUGGAUUGGCCGGGCUCUUGCCAUUCUAGGACUCAUUCAGAUUCCCUUAGGACUCACCCUUUAUGGUUCGCCAAAGUCGCUUUUCAUAUUAUAUUCUGUCGCUGCCUUUGCCCUCUUGGUUACGUUUUUCGUCCUGUCGUACCUGUAUGAUGAUGAGGGAUAUCCACCGGGACCAGACUAUGACAACCGACAUAGCUAUGUCUCCGGACCUCCAGGCCCCGGCCCUGCUGGUCAUCGCCAGAGCAGUUUCGGGCGAAUGGCUGCCGCGGGAGCCGCAGGAGCAGGACUAGCUUCACUCUUCAGGCGUCGCUCUCGAAGUAGGGGAAGAGAUGGUUAUGAGGACUCUCAGACUUCUUAUAUGUCGGAAAAGUACUCAGAUGAAGGAGCCCAACGCAAAGGCUGGGGUGACAAACUGCUUAAACUUGGUGCGGUGGGCGGUGGCGCUUUCCUCGCUAAGAAGUUCUUCGACAGGAGACGAAACCGAGAUAAUGAUGCCGAAUCUGGCCAGUAUCGGCGCGCCCAUAACCGAAGUGACAGCAUGACAGAGACUACGAUGAGUAGGAUGGAAGAUGGACGACGACCCGAACCAAGUCAUAGAACCCUCUCAAUCGCCCACCGAGCCGACCCCCGAGUAGACCUCAGAGUCCCGGCUCGAAAUGCCCUGUUUGGUGCGGGCGCCUUUGCAGCCCUCAAAAACAUGUUUACUCGUCGCAAGGCCAAUGAUGACGAUCGUCGUGUAGAAGAUAUGCGCCGUCGGGAGAUGGAGGAGGAAAGGCUUGCACGAGCAGACAGCAAACGACGCUAUACUGGGGAUGGGUACCCACCUCGCAGACGAACCGACUCCUUCACCGCAACUGACAUCUCAUCUACUGAGCUGACGCGACCUCCGCGUGGGCCCUCACACGGAGAAUCAGCUUUAACUGGUGAUCCGGCCAUGUCUGGAGCAAUCGAUGGGCAUCAUUCUGAUAUACCCCCAGGUGCGCCUACCUCGGAAAUGCCAGGUCAGGCUCCCUCUCGACUUGAUCCUUCUGAUAUUGCGGCUGGGGCAGCCGCUGGAAGUACCCUGGGUGCUGCCUCCGGCCAUCGCCGCCGAAGCAGCAGCAGGCAUCGGAGCAGCAGCAGGCACCGGAGCAGUAGUCGACACAGAGAUGAUCACACGAGCUCCCCACCAGUAUCGGUGAAAGUCAAAAUGCACAACGAUGGUCGGCAUGUCACACUCCGAAGGUUAACAGAGGAAGAGGCAGCUGCAAGUCGCGAAGCAAGACGUAGAGAACGGAGAAAUUCUCGUCGUCGCGCCGGAAGUGCAAGCUCUCUGUCAGGCAACGAAGGUAGCUACGACCGGUGGCGCCGCGUUGAAGAACUAGAGCGUCAGCAGCACGAACGAAUGCAACGAGAACAGGAAGCUGCCGCUGCUGCUGCCGCCGCUGGAAUGUCCACAGCCCCAUCUGGAAGCGUGCCUCCACCACCUUUUCCGCCGCCCCAAAACAUGAGCCAUAUGGCUCCCCCUCCCCCGCCACAUGUACCUUCCAGUCUGCCGUAUGGCCCAGGGAGCGUCACAUCCCCUGGUACAUAUACCGGUACAGAAGCAAGCGGAUACGCCAGCAAUCGGCGACGAAGACGAGCGGAACGAGCUCGCGCCCGACAAGAACGACAACACAGCGUGGAAUUCACUUGA